GGUUUUACAAAGUGAUGUGCGCGCGUGACGAAACAUGAAAAUUUCAUUGUAUCGUUAUUUUUUAUUCUAACCCUACAGUAUACAACAAAKGAGCUAGUUUUUCUACAACAUGCCUCUAAUACCACUAGUUUUACGAAACUCCCUAAGACAUGAAGUUGAUGGUGGAUGGGCUUGGGUCGUCGUUGCAGCUUCUUUUAUGAUUCAAACAAUUUUGUUUGGGAUAAUUCAGUCGUAUGGAACCAUGUUCGUUGCCCUUUUGGAUGAUUUCAAGUCUGGUGAAUAUGAAACUGCUUGGAUCGGAUCGAUGGGCUAUGGUCUCACAUUUUUUAUUGGCCCAAUCUACGCAGCUUUAUCUGAACAUUUUGGCUGUCGGAAGAUGGUGUACUGUGGUACUUUGAUAUGCAUGGUAUCRUGYUUUAGUUCAUCAUUUGCACCAAACCUGUCMACAUUGUACUUUACAUUUGGUAUACUAUGGGGCAUUGGAGCWGGCAUGACGUUUUUCCCGUGCCUAUUGGUUUUGAACUUCUAUUUUUCAAACMGGAUCUCGUUGGCUAAUGGUAUUACUAUGGCAGGAUCAGCUAUUGGUACUCUAAUUUUCAAUGCCUCGUUAAACAGGAUUCUAGAACUAUAUGGUUGGAGGGUCGGAUUUCGACUGUUUGGUGGGGUUUGCGCAUUAAUGUUUGUAUGUGGAACGGCCUACCUCCCUCCGCCUCAAGACUUCUACGCUAUCCAGGAAUGGGAGCAAUAUCAAAAAGUAAAAUUAACAACUAAGCUGGCUCGUAUCUUUGACAUUCGUCCAUGGAAAGAAAAGGCAUUUGUAGUGUGGUUAAUUGGUGUAUCAUUCGUUUUAUUUGGAUACUUUAUACCUUAUGUUCAUUUGGUUCGCUUUGGAGAGACCCUCAACGUUCCUUUAUCCCAAAGCACUCUUCUGGUUGGAUACAUGUCCAUAUCGCAGAUCUUUGCUAARCUUAUUUGUGGAAAACUUGCCGACAUGAGGAGGGUGAAACGACUGCAAAUUUUAAUCAUAUCUAUCUUGUCCUUUUCUAUUUGCAACUUUGCAGUAACAUCAGCGACAGAUUUCACUGGUCUAUUGACUUACGCCUUGUUCUAUGGUUUCUUCGAUGGUUUGUUUGUUGUUGUGCUACCUAUUCUUAUUCGUGAUUUAGUUGGACGGGAAUUAAUGGCGAAUGCWAUAGGAAAUUUUUACGGAGUGGUUUCAAUACCACUGACUGCCGGACCACCUAUCUCUGGCCAACUUUAUGACGYAUUUGGUUCUUACAAGGCUCCCUUUUCAGUCGCCGGUGGAUUAAUGCUUAUUGCAAGUUUUAUGAUGUACUUUGUGUAUCGCUUGAAACCAGAAUUGUUAAAGGAUUUACCCUUGGAAGGAGAGGAUACCUUCACUAGCGAUUUGAUCGCUCGACCAAGUAUCCAUUCUCAUACCGUCGACGCCCUAAGUGGCAUGUUUCUCACUGAACGAUUUUCUACCAUUGACAGUGUCGACAGACCAAGUCAACUUACUAUCAACCCUUUACAUAACUUUGCAAGUGUUUUAACCAGAAGUAGAGCGGGAUCCACCAUCAGUGGACGGACAGGUCAGAGAUUCCCCUCCUUUUCGAUUGACAUGAGAAGUGAUGGAGGCUCUGAAAUAUUUCUUCAGCGACUGCGAGGAUAUGGAGAUGGCGCCAGUGUGGUAUCGUCUGCACAUGGAAAAGAUUUGACUGGUUCCACAAGUACUGCCCCUUCUGACGAUAUAUUGAGUUCUACUAAAGACAGCUCCCUAGACCGCGUUAGCCAUGGGAACGUAGCUUUUGCUUCCUCUSUUAAUAAAAUGUCAACAGCUACUCUGGCGAAUGAAUCGAAUACUGAUGUGACACCUUCAUCCUGCUAUAACGAGGUUGGGAAUUUGGCGGAGAUCAACCAUAGUAUGGACAAAUGUAUGGUACGUAUAGUAGAACCUGGAGAAGAUAGCAGUCCAGAAAAGAUUCAACACGAGCAAACAGAAAAUAUAACGAGUAGUGGAAUGGAAGAAGAAGAGGACAGCKCCAAACAAGAUAAUCUAGCCCGCAACUUGGAAGAUGACAAGAUUGAUACCUCACUAGAAUUGAUUCAAAUAAGUGCCAGCGAAGAAUUGAACAGCGGUUCGACUAUUCUAGAUACAAACAUGAAGGGUUUAACUCAAAUAUCGGAAGUCGCACAAAUAGAUGAUUUGAGUCCAGAUAUCGAUAUUUYAGCAGAUCGWACUAGUUCACCAAUACCCAAGUCGUUUGAAAGUGGUCCAACAUCUCCUUUAAUAACUCUGGGCAUCGAUGAGAGCUUCACAGAGGAAGCAGAUAUUACUUUAGUCCCCGCCGAUAACAUCGACAAUGAAACUACAACAGAAACAAUUGUACCAGAUGAUAUUGAAAGAUCAACAGACGAAAGCUGUGRAGACGAGGUCUUGAUCAGAAUCCCCCCUCCACCGACAUGGAAUCGAGAAGUACCACUUGUUGAUCUAACUGAAGACGGAGAAACUGAAGAAUUGGCAUCGCGGUCUUCAUCUACUGAUGUUCARAGCUCUACCGAUUUUCUUUGUCUGAAUGAAAGAUUAAAGAUCAUGGCUGAACAGCAAAAACGAGAAGGAGAAUUAAGGAUGAGAUUUCCAACAGAUGAGAUGACACURUUUGCGACCUACCGAAGCAACAUUGCUACGCCUUCUGAGCAGCAAUCGACCCCAGUUUUUGAAACCAUUCCACAAACACCUGCACCGUCAGAAAACCAAAGCCCACCCAAGACACCAUCACAAGUAAAUGUUCCAUUGGAAGCCUUAACGUUGCAGCAUAAUGGCAUGCCAUUGCACAUUAUUCCAUGCCCUGUAAAUGAGAACGGUAUGGAUACACAUCAUCAAUUGAGUGAUGACAUUCUUGAACCUUGUGCCAUACCACCUUCUGAUYAUCUAAUUUCAAAGCAAUUCGCGCAGUUCCUUCCUGGUGAAAAUAUAGAACAAAAAGUGCAGCAAAAUUCAUCAAGUAUACCUGAAGCUCAGAACAGUUCCCAGAGAGAGCCUUUUCUGUCUAUUGGAAAUGCACAUAGGGACAGUAGUCAAUCGGAUUCUCAUGUCAUAGAACAACAGACUGUAAAUAUGCAAGUYAUUUCAAGAGACAGUCAAUACAUGAGUCAGCAGCGUACAAUGGAGAACAACAUCAUGCAUCAACAAACACAAUCCUCUUCUGAACAUCAUACUUUGUUCACAGAGAGAGAUACAGCACCUAUUGCCGCGAAAAGUCAAUUUGAAGACGAAUCUACAACACAUCAAUUUACAACACAAUUGUACGAGAAUGAAAACAUUGAACAAUUGCAAUCAACGCAGACAUAUCCUCAAGUAAAGUGCMCAGCUACUGACARUGCAAAUAUCAAUGACCUCCUACUGAUUGACAUGACAUCUAGUUCAACAAACAAUCUAGGAGAAUAUGCCACAAAUCCAUUCCUYCAGGAAAUGAAUAAUUGCAAUUAUAGUACAUUACAACAUCACACCUCUGCAGAUCAGAUGGCAAAGCUUAUAUCUACAGACAACCUAAGUAAUAACASGCCACAUACGCCGCCUAGCGCUACGGAGAAACAUCAACACCAAAGGAUUGUGAAUGAUAAUAUACUAUCUCAGACCACUCCAGAAGUUAAGGAACUURAAUCUGCGUCCACAGAUGAUGAAAGCAAAGAUACAUGUUUACAGAUCAUAUUGACUCCGACGAUAGUUGAUGAGGAUCCCAGAGACGACAUGAUCCAACUAAAGGAUACGUACACUACUGAGUUAGAAUUAACAAGUGCAUCCAMAACAACCAACAAUGAUCUGAUAGACAUGACAUSUGYUUUCCCGGAUAGUAAGCCUGAGGAAGAAUGGACAUCAAAUCAAAACACYGUACRCUCAACUCAUCUCUGCCCUGAGUUAGAAAUGACGCUUGGCUCCACAAGCUUUAAAGAUAUCAAUGAUCUUUUAAAGAUCACAACAACAUCUGAUUCUACUGACAACCAACUUUUUGAGGAWYCUACUCUCAGUCCAUUACUGCAGGAAAGUCAUCCCAGUGAUAGAACGGACGAAUCGGCUCAAGAGUGUGUUCCAGCAUCGUGCAAAUCUGAUUCCAAAAUAAAGAAAGGCAUCAUUCAAACCGCCGUUUUCGAGAACAAUGCACCUCCAGGAGAAUGCAUURRAAAUGUUUUCCUCAAUACAAACAAUGAUUGUAACAGCGCUUUGCCUAUGCAUCUUUCCACUUCUGCAGUUGAAAAAGCCGAUGAUUACGUCUCURCAAACAUGCAAAGUACAUCACCUAACUCUAUGGAUACAGAAAAUAAAGAAGACUGUGGCAUAAGGUUUCUGAAUGACACCAGCUCAUCCAUUGACAAUUACAGAAACGAUACCAUACAGACCAACCUUGUGAUUGCUAGUGCGGACAAAAACAAUGAAGAAGCCUGUAUUCAAAGAUUUAACGCUGAUAACAUGCAACGAGCGACRAGRUUCCAUGAGCAACAACACGCAUAUGUAUCUACUGGCGGAAAAACCCAUGAUGAUGCAGACAUGAAAAUUACUUCUGCAUGUGAUUCGGCAGAUUUCAAUUUCGCAGUAGAACGAAAUACAAAUCCAUUCUUAAAGGAGACAAUUGGAGGUGAUAGGAUUAUACAACUAAGCCAGACACAUCCCGAAACUAAAGUAUCCACAKGUUCUACUGUUUCCCCGUUCAAUUCUAGUCAUGUCUUGCAUCCUAAUGUAAGCGGCAAAGAAGACUGUAGUACGAAUUCAUCGCAACAAAAAGCGUUUGUAGGUGACAGCAGCACAAAACCACCUGAAAUCAAAACAAGCGCUGAGGUAGCAACACUGGUGUCUACAGAUAAUUCAUGCRAAGAUACACUAUUACARAUCAGCUUAGACCMUAAUGAUGGGAAAAUAAAGUAUGAAGAAGAUCUAACAGCAACAUCUCUACAACAAAGGUUUGAUAACAUUCAACAACUAGAAACGCUAUGCCUUUUCUCAGAAAAUGUGAAAAAGUGCAAUGACUGCACCGGUACAACUUACACUUCCGCGGACAGCAAGUCAGAGGAAUAUGUUGAGACAAAUCCAUUUUUGGAGAAAAGGAUUGAUGACGAACAAUCGCGUCAUACAACCCCUCCUGAAGCUACAUCGGAUGUACAAGCUACAUAUGCACCCAAUACAAACAAUGAUGACUUAAAACGCAUAAGUACAACAUGCGCUUCAGUGAGUCAGUUUGGUCGAUGCACAAAUCUAGUUAUAUCACACUUUAAUGAGAAGGACAAAACUAAGCAUCUUUGCACUGAAGUACUAAUUUGCAAAGAAAGAUGUUCAUCUUCAGACAGCAUACCAAAUAACUAUGUUAUUGCCCCCACUGGUUCAGGAAAUGGAUUGAAUGAUAAAUGUACCAUACCAUUCCCAAAGCAAAGUUCCAAUAACACGGACAAUCCUGAAUUGCAAGCUACGUGUAUAYCUGGCGAAAUAACUUCAAAUGAAAAGAACAUCCAAAAAAUAGAAGAAACUCCAUCCUCCACGGAGACUAUAAGAAAUCCUUUCAUGCAGGAUCAAGGUACAAACGCUGAAUAUCUAGACUAUKGUGUUUGGGCRGUAAAGGGAAGUUUAGACAGCGAAAGUGUAGUAACCAACGAGAGAAAAGAUAYUGGCGGAAGCCGUAAUCCAUUUGUAUCCGAAGGCGCCUGUCUCCAAGAUAAUCAAGAACARAGUUUUUUGAUUCCAUCACGUCCAGAUAUGAUUGAMAGCAACUAUAAGAGCAGUGCCAUCAGUGUUCCUAUAACUCUAGAUCGACAAGUCUAUAGGAGAAAAUCUGUUGUGAUUGACGACAAUUCCGACUGUGAUAAAAGCAAUAGCAAUAGUUUAGUGAAUGUGUUUGAAUUGGAACUUGAUGAACAUGACAAAGGAAACACAGAUAAGACUGGUAGGAACCAGGAUAGAGAAAAAAGUCAGAAGUUUAAUGAAGAAACGAGUGAUAACAUGGAAUGACAACAGAUCAAAUAUUUCAAAAUCCUCAGAUCAAUAAGACAUACAUAWAUACGAUUAGUACAUAAAAACGUUUAUUUCAGUAAUAUUUGAUAUUUCUUUCAUUAAAUUUUCUUGGAUACUUUUUAAU